AUCUUUACGUGGCCGUGUUCCCCGCGCGCCUUGGACUGGGGCAAUAGCUGAGAGGGCGUCACCAGCGUGUCGGUGCCCGCGGUUUUCUUCGGGCUGUCCCCAGGCGUCGUGCCCGCGUCCGUCACGCGCGGUGGCUUGCAGGGGCGCACCGCGACAGCCUUAAAGGAAAACCUGUUAGGGACAAGGGCUGCUGUGGGCAGCGAGGGUUAUAGACUCGUGUGUGUUCUGAAUUCUGGUGGGGGUAGUGAUGGACGCUGACCCAGUUCACAGAAUUAUCUGACUGGCGAAGUAAAGGAAAAAAAGUCAAGGUGAACUGAAGAAAAUAAGUCUUUCCCCAAAGGAGGUAGAAGAUGGGGAAGAUGAGAUGUCAGAAGCUAAGGACAAUGGCAGUAGAGAUGAGGUUCUUGUCCCUCAUAAGAAUUGCAGGAAGAAUACCACUGUCCCGGGAAAGAAAGGGGAGGAAAAGUCUCUGGCUCCUGUGUUUGCUGAGAAGUUAAUAUCACCAAGCAGGAGGGGAGCCAAGCUCAAGGACCGUGAGAGCCACCAGGAGAAUGAAGACAGGAACAGUGAGUUGGACCAGGAUGAGGAAGAUAAAGAAUCCUUCUGCAGGGGGUUCCCGCAACUGAACCAUGUGUAGCAUUCCAGCUGUUUGUUGGAAACCUGAAUUUCAACAAAACUGCUGAACUAAAAGUUGGCCUCAGUGAAUUUUUUGCUAAAAAUGAUCUUGAAGUUGUUGGUGUCAAAGUUGGCUUGUCCAGGUAAAUACCAAUCAACUAAGAAGGUUUUUAAGAGCAUAUCAGCCCAGCACUUACUAUUCCUGGAGAAUUUAGAUGUUCCAGUAGCUUUAUACUACUUCAUGAUGGUUCAUAGGCUGCUGUCUUCUCAGGUCCUUUUGUUACCUGCUCUUCACCCUUUGGUGGGAUUUUACCUCAGUCACUUGCAGUUUAAAAUGAAUAUGUAAAAUCCUUCAGUGGCUCAUGUUUAGUAAAUCUGUUAUAUUAAACUUUGCUACCCCAUUUUCCCAACCAAAAUAUUAAAAUAAUCCCAAGAUCUUCCAAGUCUUAGAGACGGGGUCUCGCUGUUUUACUCAGGCUGGUCUCAAACUCCUGGGCUCAAGUGAUCCUUCCACCUCAGCUUCCCAAAGUGCUGGGAUUACAGGUGUGAGCCACUGUGCCCUGCCUGUUUCUUAAAAAUUAAAAAAAAAAAUUUUUUUUUUUGAGACAGUCUCCGUCUGUCGCUCAGGCUAGAGUGCAGUGGUGCGAUCUCACUGUGGCCUGCUUGUUUCUUAAAAAUUCCAAAAAAAUUUUUUUUUGAGACAGUCUCCCUCUGUCGCUAGAGUGCAGUGGCGCGAUCUCAGCUUACUGUAGUCUCUACCUUCCAGGUUCAAGCAAUUCUCCUGCCUCAGCCUCCCGAGUAGCUAAGAUUACAGGCGCCUGCCACCAUGCCCAGCUAAUUUUUGUAUUUUUAGUAGAGACGGGGUUUUGCCAUGUUGUGCAGACUGGUCCUGAACUCCUGGUCUCAAGUGAUCCGCCAGUCUCAGCCUCCCAGAGUGCUGGGAUUACAGGUGUGAACCCCUGCACCAAGCCAAAAAUAAAUACAUAAAUAAAUAACUUUUUUUGAAACAGGGUCUCACUCCGUUGCCCAGGCUGGAGUGCAGUGGUGUGAUCAUGGCUCACUGCAACCUCUGCCACCUGGGCUCAAACCUCCCACCUCAGCCUCCUGAAUAGCUGGGACUACAGGCACACAUCACCAUGCCUUUUUUGUACAUGAGGUUUUGCCAUGUUGCCCAGGCUGAUCUCAAACUCCUGAGCUCAAGUAAUCCUCCCACCUCAGCCUCCCAAAGUGCCGGGAUUACAGGUGUGAACCAUUGCGCCCAGCCAAAAUUUGUAAUUUCAAGCCACACUUUCUAUAGCUCUUGGUUAAAUUUUGUCAGUUGUUAAGCAGAAAACUAAUAGAGAUGUCAAUAGGCAAACUCUGCACUGAUUCUCAGUCCUUGCUCUAGAAUGAGGUCUCUUGACUUCAGCAUUACUGACAUUCUGGGCUGGACAAUGUUUUUUUGGAGACAGGGCCUCUGGCUCUUUCAUCCAGGCUGGAAUGCAAUGGUGCGAUCUCGGCUCACUGCAACCCCUGCCCUCCAGCUCAAGCCAUCUUCCCACGUCAGCCUCCCGACUAGGUGGGACCACAGGCAUGUACCACUAUGCCUGGCUAAUUUUUGUGUGUGUGUAUUUUCUGUAGAGACAGGAAAUACAUGUUGACCAGGCUGGUCUCAAACUCCUGAGCUCAAGCAGUCUGCAUGCCUUGGCCUCGCAAAGUGCUGGGAUUGCAGGCAUGAGCCACUGCACCGGGUCUGGGCUGGGCAGUUCUAUGUUAUGGUGGCUGUCCAGUUCAUUGUGGGAUGUUUAGCAACCUCCCUGGAUUCUACCCAUUAGACACUAGAUGAUUCCCUGUUUGUAACAGCCAAAAAUGUCUCUAGAGAUUGUCAAGCUUGCCCCCUGGGUAAGAACUAGUUCUCCAUAGUUACUUCACAGUACUGACUGCCAGUUUGUGGAGCCUUGCUUUUAAAUUGUAAAUUAGGCAACUGCUCGUGACUUAGUGCUAAUUUCUAUUCCAACAGCUAGUGUGAUUAGCUAACCAGAGGCAUAUGCUUUUCAUCUUACCUGUGUGUGCUUUUUCCCUUUUCUUCUACAUCUCUGUAGGAGAUUUGGUUAUGUGAAUUUUUUUUUUUUUUUUUUUUUUUUUGAGACAGUCUUGCUCUGUCGCCCAAGCUGGAGUGCAGUGGUGCUAUCUUGGCUCACUGCAAGCUCCGCCUCCCAG